AUGAGAGAAAUCAUUACCAUUCACGUCGGUCAAUGAGGCGUCCAAAUUGGCAACUCUAUUUGGGAGCUGUUUUGAAAAGAAAACAAUCUUUUCAAUGAUGGAACGUUACAAGAGCAAAAUGAACCUGAAAGUGUAGAUAGAGAUAAUACAAUGUUUUAUGAGAGUUUAGAAGGGAAAUAUACACCAAGAGCUGUAUUUGUCGAUCUUGAUUCUGAUAUAUGAGAUGAGGUGAGAGUUGGAGAGCUAGGUAAACUUUUUAGUCAAGAACAGAUUCUGAAUUGGAAUGAGAAUGCAGGAGAUGUAUUUGCCAGGGGUAGAUAUGCAGUUGGAAAGAAACUAAUUAAGCAAUGUCUGGAUCAAAUCAGAAAAACUGCCAACCAAUGAUGAAAUCUCCAAGGGUUCAUCGUAACUCAUUCGAUUAGUGGAGGAACUGGAUCAGGGUUUGGAUCAUAUAUCCUUGAAAACUUGUCAGAUCAAUAUUCGAAAAAAUUAAAUUUAUGCUGAACAGUAUUCCCCUCCCCAAAUAUGGCAACAUCUGUUGUAGAGCCUUAUAAUUAUGUCCUCUCGUCUGAAGCUUUGAGGUCAUUUUCAGAUUUAACUCUUUGAAUUAGCAAUGAAGCUUUAUAUCGAAUCUGAAACGAUCAUCUUGGGAUUCCAAGCCCGAAUUACUUAAAUCUCAAUCGAAUAAUUGCGCAAUUAUUAUCAUCAGUGACAAUAUCUAUGAGGUACGACGGGAGUCCGAAUACAGAUCUUACUGCCCUCAAGACGAAUUUAGUUCCUUACAAUAGCAUUCAUUACAUUUUGCCUUCUAUGGCUCCUCUAAUUCCAAGCUACAAACAACACAAGCUAACCAAAUCAAACGAGGAACUCACUGUUGAUUGUUUUGAACGCUCAGCAGUCAUGGCUAAAUGUGAUCCCCUUUAUGGAAAAUAUAUCGCUUGAUAUCUUCAAUAUAGAGGACAAGUUCUACCUAAAGAUGUAUUUUCCUCAAUAACAACUAUAAAGAGAAGCAGAAGCAUCCAGUUUGUGGAUUGGUGUCCAACAGGAUUCAAAUCCUCUUUGAGUCGUUGUAAGGUAAAAGAGGCUGGGGGAGAAGAACUUGGUGGAUACUUGAAAUCAUGAACAAUGUUAGCAAAUUCAACCUGUCUCGGAGAGAUAUUCUCUCCUCUCAAUCAUAAAUUCGAUCUGCUUUAUUUUGAAAGAGCAUUUGUACACUGGUUCUUAGAUGAAAUGCCUGAGUACGAAUUUGGAUACAGAAGAGAAGACCUAGCCUAUCUUGAAAAAGACUACGAGGAGAUUGCCGUGGACAAUUCAGAUCUAUAA